AUGAUCAGCGUCACCCGUGGGAUAUGGCGCUCCAUCCUAGGUGCGGUGUUCAUAGUGCUUGUGUUCACCACGUACCGCCUUUCAACGUCGUCCCAUCUGUACAGUCCGUUGUUCAGCACAGAUCAACCGGUCUUGGUGCCCAAACCAGACAUUAUAGGAUAUAAGGCCAAGCCACAUCAUCAAUUUUGGGCUGAUUUGUUUGUGGUGUUGAAUGCAAACAAGCCAGAGCUCCCCAGUGUGGAAACGGCCAUUGAGUAUCGCAAAGACGCCCCCAAGGAUGGCGUCAAAACAAAGCAAAAUUUGGCCAAUCGGGCCACGAUCUCAAAGGAAACAAUCAAAGAAUUACAACAGAAACAUAAGCAAGUCCUUAACGACCUCCCAGAACUCACCAAGGUGGUGUACCAUCCAGAAACCUCGGGAAUAGUGCUUGUUGGUGGUGGCAAGUUCUCGUGGUUGGCAUAUCUUUCGGUGCUUUCUAUUCGUGAUACCGGUUGUAAAUUACCUGUAGAAGUGGUGCUUCCCAAGUAUGACGACUAUGAGAAGGAAAUCCAUUAUUGCUCUGAAUUGUUGCCCAAGCUCAACGCAAGAUGUGUCGUGGUCCCCGACGUCCUUGGACCUUCAGUGAUGUUGGAAUGGGGCAAUAAACUUGCCAAUUAUCAAUUCAAAUCGUUAGCUCUCAUGGUUUCUUCUUUCCAAAACAUUCUUCUUGUCGAUGCAGACAACAUCCUUGUCAAGUCCCCUGAGCCAUUGUUUGCCAGUCAAUUGUUCAAGGAUUAUGGAAUGGUGACUUGGCCCGAUUAUUGGGAAAGAACAAUUGCUCCUGAUUUCUAUGAAGUUGCUGGAGUGAAAGUGGAUGAGAAAACACGUUCUCGAUACAACAGAUAUCCAAUGGACCCCAAGAUUAAACUCACAGAUGAAGAUGUGGAUCAAGUUCCAUACCAUGAUCUUGAAGGGGCCAUUUCAGACUUGUCCUCUGAAUCGGGUCAAUUGCUUAUCAACAAGGCUACCCAUUCGAAGACACUUCUUUUGUCUCUCUAUUACAACAUCUAUGGACCCAAGAUCUACUACAAGCUUCUCUCUCUUGGGGAACAAGGUGAGGGGGAUAAGGACACUUUCCCCGCUGCAGCACAUGUUGCGGGUGAAAAAUAUUAUCAAGUGAAAUCUUUUAUCAAGACUUUUGGAUAUGCUGAUCUGGAUAAUAAAUUCCAAGGGGUUGCUAUGGGUCAAAAGGAUCCACUUCUCGACUAUGAAUUAUUUCAAAAGAAGGCGGUUGCUCCACUUCGCGGGAAAAAUAUGGGGAUGCAAGAACAAGUUGAUCUUCUAAAGAAGGUUUCUCGUGAAGAUUUUGGUGAAGAUGGACUCCCACUUUUCACCAUCCAUUGCAAUUAUCCAAAGUUAGACCCACUCACACUUAUGGAUCGAGAUGAUCUUUACGAUAAGGAAAAGGCAGUAUUAAAAUAUAGAAUCUAUGGUGGACUCAAAUACAAGAAGCCAACGGUCAAGGAUGGUAAAUUAACUGAAAUUGAAGAAGAUUUUGAAUUACAACAAUGGAAAAACAUGAAGAUGGCUUUGUGUGAUCGUAAAUAUGAAUUCACUCACUUUAAUUCAAAAAACAUUGACAAGGUUUGUGAAUUGGUUAAAAAUCAAGUGACAAAGUUGUCGGCAUAA